AUGGCCGAGGCUGCAAGCAAAGGGAUCAUGGGAACUGGACGCAUAGGAGGAACGCCGGACACUCUUAACAUUACCGUCGGAUUGAAUGGACUUUCUCCUAAGUCGACAUCUGAAACGACGAGUACACCUUUUACCAACCAUGGAAAGAAAAAGGGGACUGAAGGUGAGGAAGAAGAUGAAGAUGAGGAGGAGGAGGAGGAGGAUGAAGACGACGGAGAAGGGGACGGAGAAGAGGACGGAGAAGAAGAGGAAGAGGAAGAGGAGGAAGAUGAAGAGGAAGAAGAGGAGAUCCGAGAUGGAAAGACAAGCUGUCCAUCAGACAUGGCUGGCGCCGACCAGGGGGAUGCAAAGAGCUCCGACUCUUCAUCAAGUCACUGUGACCAGGAUAAGAAGGACAGCAGAGAGGAGGAAGGAGAUGACGACGAUGACGAAUCAGAAAAUGGCCCUUCUCCCCUGACAGUUUGUCCGAUCCUCGGGUCUUCUGGAAGACGGUCGACUGGCGGCGCAUCAGGAUCCAAUACUCCUACAUUUGCAUCCUCUGUUGCAUCGCCUCCGAGGGAGCCGAUCGCCUGCCUCGAUUCCUUUUCACCUCUUCUCACCUCUCAAGGCACCAUCUCGAAAGCAACUUCGAAGGUAUCAAGAUUUGCCCUUCUCGCCUCAUCCUCCUCGACUCCCGGCGCCUCUAAGGUGUCCAAGCCGACGUGCCAAUUCCCCUUGUCCGGAAACGGAAGGCUUCUCUCCCAAAACUCCUCGGUUUUGGCCGCUGGUCCGUCGGCAAAAUCGAAUCGCCUAGGCGCCGGCUUGUCCGUGGGGCGGCCAGCCGGAGGCCUGACGAGUGGAGUCCGACGCCCUCGGCAUAAACCUGGUGAACGACGGGAGCUAUUGAUAUUAGCCGUACGUGAUGUUAUCGAUCAGCGCAUUUCAAUGCGCCGAGCCGCGCUCAAGUACGACUUGGCCAAGUCUUCGCUUUGUGACUUUGUUCGCAAGCACAAUAUUAACCUGCCCAACUUGCGAUUUAAAGCCUAUCAAUCGGGCCAAGCCUCAACUGAUGCUACCUCUUCUGGACAAUCUUAUUCGUGUUCUCCCGGAAUUUCCAGUGGUUUGUACCCAUCCAGCAAGCUUACUGAGACUUCUAGCCCGCGACUUUCCAGUGAUCCGGCCAAGAUAGGCGUCAGUCCCCGUCCACUGGGCUCUGGCAGCAGCAAUUCGUCGGCCGGCCUCUUGUCUGUCGGGCCGGCCAGUAAUUUUGCGCAGACAACAACCGGAUCUCAUUCGUGUCCUGGCCUAGUUGUUAUGCCUUCUUCUUGCGUCAACUCGAUGUACCGGACCGCCUCUGCCAGUUCGACCUCAUCUUCUCCCGGUAUUUCACCUCGCUCUUCUUCCUCCUCUGCCUCUGCAUCUGCUCCCACUCUCGGCGGUGCCACCGGUGGUGGUGGUGGUGGUGGUGGAGGAGGCGGUGGGGCGGGUGGUAGCGGUAGCGACACUUAUCACUUCAAUUUGGAGGUCAAAUUAGGCCAACUGCUACAGCAGCAUCAGCACAAUUCGGCUCUUCCCUGCCGGCCACCGAACCUAUCUGCCGGUCUGUUAUUUCCCCCAUUGUCAAGGCUGACGUCUGUUCACUCGGCCGAGGCAGCUGCUGCCAUGGCGCUUGGACCCCUCGGCCAGUUGACUGCCUCUAUCUCCAGCCUUCCAUGCGAAUCUGAGGCUCAGGCCGCACUAACCUCGACCGCCUGCUGCGACUUGCGUCCUCCCGGAGCCCACCAAACGGUGUCCGUCUCUGUCGGCUCACUCGGGCAAUCAGAAGGUGCUAUUCCUCUCAAUUCGGCCCUUACAGCCUUCUCGACUGCCCAGUCCGCUGUUUUUAUGUCGGCUGCGGCCGCUGCCUCUCUAAUGACGCCCAGCAUGUUGGCGGCAGCCCCGCGCGCCGGCCUCAGGCCGGGCCGUCUGCCCGCCGGACCCUUCUCGUCUGGACCGUCUGCAUUUGGCCUGUCACGUCCUGGCGACUUGUCUCCUUGGGCGCCCCUAGUCCCCACAGCGGGCCUCUCAAGGGGACCGAUAGCGCCAUCAACACCUCUAGCUGUACCGCCGUUGCCCUUGUCGUGUCCUCCUGGUCCCACCGUCUAUCCGCACUCGUCAAUUUCCUUCUCCCAAACGCCAUCACAGCCAUCGCUUCUUUCUCACUCAAACCGAUUGCCUUUUCGCUCCUGGCCUCAUUUACCAUGGCCUGCCUGCUCCGGCUUGGCUUUUCUUGAUCCCACUCGUCUUUCGGCUUUGUAUAGGGCCGCAGGAGACCCGAGUCUCCUGUCUGGUGGGCCUGUUUGUAGCGGUGUCGGGAGUGGUCUGUCUACAAAGUCAGACAUUUUCUUGCAAAGUCCAGCAAAGCGUGCUAAGCUCGAGCCAAGCGAGCCGAAAGCUGAAAAUCCUCUGGACGCUGGCUCGAAUGAGCUUGUCGCAGAGGAUUCGAGACAAUCCGGCUCUUUCUGUAUGGUUUGCCGGUUUAUGCAGCUGUGCACGUGUGCAUUUGAAUGCUCGCUUGUCCAUAUCAUUUAUGUGUCCAUUUCUGCCUGCUUUCGCGCCUAUUCCUGCAUGUGUGUUUUCUCGUCCCCAUCUAUAUGUGCAUGUGUCUGCGAGCGUACGAUUAGCAUCCUCUACCAACUUUGA